GCACACAGGCUUUAUAAUCUACGUCACGCCGUUUCCGGUCCUCUCGCUUGCCACUCGAGGGAAGAUGACCAAGAAGAGGAGGAACAACGGCCGUGCCAAAAAGGGCCGUGGCCAUGUCCAGCCCAUCCGUUGCACCAACUGUGCCCGCUGUGUGCCCAAGGACAAGGCCAUCAAGAAGUUUGUCAUCAGGAAUAUUGUGGAGGCUGCAGCUGUGAGGGACAUUUCUGAGGCCAGCGUGUUUGAUGCCUAUGUUCUGCCGAAGCUGUAUGUUAAGCUUCAUUACUGCGUGAGCUGCGCCAUUCACAGCAAAGUGGUGAGGAACCGGUCACGAGAGGCAAGAAAGGACCGUACCCCCCCACCUCGCUUCAGGCCCAGUGGUGCUGCCCCAAGGGUUCCUCCUAAACCCAUGUAAUUUGGAAAAUGCCUUGCAAUUAAAAAUAAUAAAAGUUCCCUUAAGACCA